AUGCUCGGAAAGCAUCAAUCGAUGAGUGUAAAGACAAGACAACAACAACGACAAUUCUUUUAUAUUCUGGUUCUACAGACAAUCGCUCCGCUUGUACUCGUUUGUAUUCCUUUCACUCUACUGCUUGUGGUGUUCGGUGCGGGAAUGAGUGUUCCCCAAGCUUUUGUUAACAUGGAAGCCUUCUGCCUGGCCGUUCACGGAACGAUCGGCUCACUGUUGAUCAUUUUCUUCACUCAGCCCUAUCGGGAACCCAUCAUUCGGAUGUUUUGGCAUCCGUUUCGAACAAAAACUCCGGCAAUCAUACAAUUUUACAAAAUUGUAAGCGAUGUCGGCGGAACACUCGGAAAGUUCUUUGGUGCUUCUGUUGUGACAAUUCUUGAGGUCAUCUACAUUUUCUAUCAACACUAUAACCAA